AUGGUCGGGCGGGCGGUGUGUUGUCAUCUGCGGAGCGACGGCCGGAGGCAGCGGCUUAGGCCCCGGCGGGGCGUUUGGUUUCGCUUUGGCCCUGACUGCAAUUAGCGUUGACGGUCGAAAUGGGAGUCCCCAAGUUUUACCGAUGGAUCUCGGAGCGGUAUCCCUGCCUCAGUGAAGUGGUGAAAGAGCAUCAGAUUCCUGAAUUUGAUAACUUGUACCUGGAUAUGAAUGGAAUCAUACAUCAAUGUUCCCAUCCUAAUGAUGAUGAUGUUCACUUCAGAAUUUCAGAUGAUAAAAUCUUUACUGAUAUUUUUCACUACUUGGAGGUGUUGUUUCGCAUUAUUAAACCUAGGAAAGUGUUCUUUAUGGCUGUUGAUGGUGUGGCUCCUCGAGCAAAAAUGAACCAGCAGCGGGGGAGGCGUUUUAGGUCAGCAAAGGAGGCAGAAGACAAAAUAAAAAAGGCAUUAGAAAAAGGAGAAACUCUUCCUACAGAGGCCAGAUUCGAUUCCAACUGUAUUACACCAGGGACUGAAUUCAUGGCCCGGUUACAUGAACAUCUGAAGUAUUUUGUAAAUAUGAAAAUUUCUACAGAUAAGUCGUGGCAAGGAGUUACCAUCUACUUCUCAGGCCAUGAGACUCCCGGAGAAGGAGAGCAUAAAAUCAUGGAAUUUAUCAGAUCGGAGAAAGCAAAGCCAGAUCAUGAUCCAAACACCAGACAUUGUCUUUAUGGUUUAGAUGCUGACUUGAUUAUGCUUGGAUUAACAAGUCACGAGGCACAUUUCUCUCUUUUAAGAGAAGAGGUUCGGUUUGGUGGCAAAAAGACACAAAGGGUAUGUGCACCAGAAGAAACCACAUUUCACCUCCUACACUUGUCUUUAAUGAGAGAGUAUAUUGACUAUGAGUUUUCAGUAUUGAAAGACAAGAUCACUUUUAAAUAUGAUAUUGAAAGGAUAAUAGAUGAUUGGAUUUUGAUGGGAUUUCUUGUUGGCAAUGAUUUUAUCCCUCAUCUACCUCAUUUACAUAUUAAUCAUGAUGCACUGCCUCUUCUUUAUGGAACAUAUAUAACCAUCCUGCCAGAACUUGGUGGUUAUAUUAAUGAAAGUGGGCAUCUCAACUUACCUAGAUUUGAGAAAUACCUUGUGAAACUAUCAGAUUUUGAUCGGGAACACUUCAGUGAAGUUUUUGUGGACCUAAAGUGGUUUGAAAGCAAAGUUGGUAACAAGUACCUCAAUGAAGCAGCAGGUGUUGCAGCAGAAGAAGCCAAGACCUACAAGGAAAAGAAAAAAUCAAAGGGCCAGGAAAAUGCCAUUUGUUGGGCUGCUUUAGACAAAAAUGGAGAAGUGGUAACUUCUAAGGAUAAUUUAGAAGAUGAGACUGAAGAUGAUGACCUAUUUGAAACUGAGUUUAGACAAUAUAAAAGAACAUACUACAUGACGAAGAUGGGAGUUGAUGUAGUGUCUGACGACUUUCUGGCUGAUCAAGCUGCAUGUUAUGUUCAGGCAAUACAGUGGAUUUUGCACUAUUACUAUCACGGAGUUCAGUCUUGGAGCUGGUAUUAUCCCUACCAUUAUGCACCUUUCCUGUCUGAUAUCCGUAACAUCAGUACACUCAAAAUCCAUUUUGAACUAGGAAAACCUUUUAAGCCAUUUGAACAGCUUCUUGCUGUACUUCCAGCAGCUAGCAAAAAUUUACUUCCUACAUGCUACCAGCACUUGAUGACCAGUGAAGACUCACCAAUUAUAGAAUAUUAUCCACCUGAUUUUAAAACUGACCUAAAUGGGAAACAACAGGAAUGGGAAGCUGUGGUACUAAUACCUUUUAUUGAUGAGAAGCGAUUAUUGGAAGCCAUGGAAACAUGUAACCACUCCCUCAAAAAGGAAGAAAGGAAAAGAAACCAACAUAGUGAAUGCCUAAUGUGCUGGUAUGAUAGAGACACAGAGUUCACUUACCCGUCACCAUGGCCAGAAAAGUUCCCUGCCAUAGAACGUUGUUGUACAAGGUAUAAAAUAAUAUCAUUAGAUGCUUGGCGUGUAGACAUAAGCAAGAACAAAAUAACCAGGAUUGACCAGAAGGCACUGUAUUUCUGUGGAUUUCCUACCCUGAAACACAUCAAACACAAAUUUUUUUUGAAGAAAAGUGGGGUUCAAGUAUUCCAGCAAAGCAGUCGUGGAGAAAACAUGAUGUUAGAAAUCUUAGUGAAUGCAGAAUCAGAUGAACUUAGCGUAGAAAAUAUAGCUUCAUCAGUGCUUGGAAAGUCUGUCUUUGUUAAUUGGCCUCAUCUUGAAGAAGCUAGAGUUGUUGGUAUAUCAGAUGGAGAAACUAAAUUUUACUUGGAAGAACCUCCAGGAACACAGAAGCUUUAUUUGGGAAGAACUGCCCCACCAUCUAAAGUGGUCCAUCUUGGAGACAAAGAACAAUCUAACUGGACAAAAGAAGUACAAGGAAUUUCAGAAUACUACCUAAGAAGGAAAGGAAUAAUAAUAAAUGAAACAUCUGCAGUUGUAUAUGCUCAGUUACUCACAGGUCGUAAAUACCAAAUAAAUCAAAAUGGUGAAGUUCGUCUAGAGAAACAAUGGUCAAAACAAGUUCUUCCUUUUGUUUAUCAAACUAUUGUAAAGGACAUCCGAGCUUUUGACUCCCGUUUCUCCAAUAUCAAAACAUUGGAUGACUUGUUUCCUCCUAGAAGUAUGGUCUUUAUGCUGGGAACCCCCUAUUAUGGCUGCGCUGGAGAAGUUCAAGAUUCAGGGGAUGUGAUUACAGAAGGUAGGAUUCGUGUGGUUUUCAGCAUUCCAUGUGAACCCAAUCUUGAUGCUUUAAUACAGAACCAGCAUAAAUAUUCUAUAAAGUACAACCCAGGAUAUGUGUUGGCCAGUCGUCUUGGAGUGAGUGGAUACCUUGUUUCAAGGUUUACAGGAAGUAUUUUUAUUGGAAGAGGAUCUAGGAGAAACCCUCAUGGAGACCAUAAAGCAAAUGUGGGUUUGAAUCUCAAAUUCAACAAAAAAAAUGAGGAGGUACCUGGAUAUACCAAGAAAGUUGGAAGUGAGUGGAUGUAUUCAUCUGCAGCAGAACAACUUCUUGCAGAGUACUUAGAGAGAGCUCCAGAACUAUUUAGUUAUAUAGCCAAAAAUAGCCAAGAGGAUGUAUUCUAUGAAGAUGACAUUUGGCCUGGAGAAAAUGAGAACGGUGCCGAGAAAGUUCAAGAAAUUAUUACUUGGCUAAAGGGACAUCCUGUCAGUACUUUGUCUCGUUCUUCUUGUGAUUUACAAAUUCUGGAUGCAGCUAUUGUUGAGAAAAUUGAGGAAGAAGUCGAAAAGUGCAAGCAAAGAAAGAAUAAUAAGAAGGUACGAGUGACAGUGAAGCCCCAUUUGCUGUACAGACCUUUAGAACAGCAACAUGGAGUCAUUCCUGAUCGAGAUGCAGAAUUUCGUCUCUUUGACCGUGUGGUAAAUGUGAGAGAGAACUUUUCAGUUCCAGUUGGCCUUCGGGGCACCAUCAUAGGAAUUAAAGGGGCUAAUAGAGAAGCUGAUGUACUAUUUGAAGUGUUAUUUGAUGAAGAAUUUCCUGGAGGCUUAACAAUAAGGUGCUCUCCUGGUAGAGGUUAUCGACUGCCAACAAGUGCCUUGGUGAAUCUUACUCAUGGGAGUCGCUCUGAAACCGGAAAUCAGAAGUUGACAGCCAUUGUGAAACCACAACCAGCUGUGAAUCACUAUAGCUCAAAUUCAUCAAUUUCAUCUGGGCAUUUGGGAGGCCUGAACCAUUCCCCUCAAUCACUUUUUGUUCCUACUCAAGUACCUACUAAAGAUGAUGAUGAAUUUUGCAACAUUUGGCAGUCCUUACAGGGAUCUGGAAAGGUUCAACACUUUCAGCCAACUCUACAAGAGAAGGUUGCAGUUCUACCUCAAGAAGUAAGUCAAGUAACUCAACAUCAUAAAUCUGGCUUUACUGACAACAGUAUUAAAUGUCAGCAAAGAAAACAUGAGCCUCACAGAAAAUUUAAAGAAGAGUGUAAGAGUCCUAAAACUGAGAGUCGGUUACAAAAACUGUCAAAUAAGCAGCCUAACCCUGGAAUUGAGAACUUUUUAGCAUCCUUGAAUAUCUCCAAAGAAAAUGAAGUACAGUCAUCUCAUCAUGAAGAGCCUCCAAGUGAAGAACUUUUGUCACCACAAUCAUUUGCUAUGGGAACUCGGAUGCUUAAAGAAAUACUAAAAAUUGAUGGCUCUGAUGCUGUGGACCAUAAAAAUGAAAUGAAGCAGUUUGGUAAUGAAGUCACUGUUUCCUCUAAUAGAAGAGAUGAAUAUGGACCUUCCUCCCAGGCUAAACAAAAUAAGAAAUUAACAUCUUAUAUGAAUAAGCUUCACAGUACUAGCGAAUACCAUAAUGUUCAGUCUAUGGACCAUGUGUGUUGGCCUGCUCCCAGCCAUAUCCCUCCUGUGUCCACACCAGUAACUGAACUUUCUCGAAUUUGUUCCCUUGUUGGAAUGCUACAACCAGAUUUCUCCUUUCUUAGAACACCACAGACAAUGACAGUUUGCCAGGUAAAAUUAUCUAAUGGCUUACUGGUACAUGGGCCACAGUGCCAUUCUGAAAAUGAAGCCAAGGAAAAAGCCGCACUUUUUGCUUUACAACAAUUGGGCUCCUUAGGAGUGAAUUUCCCUUUGCCUCCACCAAUAUUUCCAAAUUAUCCUCCUGCUGUACCACCCGGAACCGUUCCCCCAGUUUUUCCUCAACCUACUGGCUGGGAUCACUAUGGAAGCAACUUAGCACUGGGGGCAGCUAAUAUAAUGCCUUCAUCAUCUCAUCUCUUUGGAUCCAUGCCAUGGGGACCACCAGUGCCAGUUCCUGGGAAGCCAUUUCAUCAUUCUUCAUAUUCUGGGACCAUGCCCAUGGCUGGGGGAAUGCCAGGUGGUGUGCACAAUCAGUUCAUACCUCUACAGGUUACUAAAAAAAGGGUUGCAAAUAAAAAGAACUUUGAGAGUAAGGAGGCCCAGAGUUCUCAAGCUACCCCGCUUCAGACUAGCCAGCCAGGGUCUUCCAUUGUCACCAAAGUGAUUCCACAGGAGAGUUCAUCAGCUUCCUUAAAGUCCUCUCAGAUUACUCAACCUGCAUCUUCUUUUCAAGCUGAAGCUGCCUCCCAAGGCCAUAGUAUGUCUCAUCACAAGUCCACACCGAGCUCAUCUUCAAGAAGAAAAUCAAGAAAACUGGCCGUCAAUUUUGGCGUUUCUAAACCUUCUGAAUAA